GCGCGUGUUAACCCACCGCGUAACAUCGCGCGAAAACACCAAGUCUGUAAGUAUCGAAUAUCGAGUGACAUUUGCUCAACGUGAACGGAAAAGUGUUAACAAAACGUGUUCCCUUAUCGAAUUAGUGCGAUACUUUAUAUUGAUUCGUUAUCGAUGCUUAUAAUUUGUCGCUGAUUGUUUGAGUGUUAUCGGCGAGUUGAAUUAACGAUGGGCGCGUGGUUGAGCUACAUCUGGUGGGGCGGAGACCCUGACGCGGUAAACCCAGUGUCCGGGCUCACCAAGAGAGAGAUUUACGCCGUGCAGAAAUCCUGGGCACCAGUGUAUGCCAAUUCAGUGGCCAACGGGACGGAAAUUUUGAACAGACUAUUCACCACCUACCCAGAAACGAAGAACUACUUCAAAAUGAUCCGCAAUUUACCAGACGGCGAGUACGCCCAGAAUUUCCAGUUUAAGGCGCACGUGAUCAACCUGAUGUCAGCUUUGAACCUAGCCAUCAUGAACCUGAACCAGCCUGAAAUUGUAGCAGCCAUGAUGGUGAAGCUUGGCGAAUCACAUAAGAGAAGAGAAAUAAAAGAACAAAACUUUCAUGACUUGAAAAACGUGCUAGUGAAGAUGUUCAUCGAAGUGCUAAAUCUCGACGCAGCGACUCUCGGAGCGUGGGGGAAGACCGUAGACUUCUGGUACAAGAACAUAUUCCAAUCAUUGAAUGCUGAGGAGAGUAGAUAACACCACCAGUUCCCAUUUGACGACCGCGGGUCUCUCUGCUUGGUUUAAAGUUAUUGUAAAUGCUAAGGGUGCUUUCGUAAAGAAAAUACGGUAGGUCGUGUGCCUAUUUCUGACGGUACCUUUUCUAUUUUGAUAAGCCAGUUUUAAAUGUUGACAUGAUGUAAGCCCAAAUUUUUUCAUAUCAGUUAAAUGAGACCUACUUAAUGGACUGCCAAAUCGCGCUAAGAAACUCAAUAACGCUUUUAAUUUAGAUUUCAAAGCUACACACUCUACUUUUCACGGAAAAUUGAUAGUUUUCGGGACUAGUGUUAGUCUAAUGACUACAGUCUAAUACCGCGCUUAACAUCGCGCUGCGACCACGCCAGCUGUGUGCCAGAAGUUUGCAAUCAAUAUCAUACCUACUUAUUUACUUCUGUUUAUUUUGUCAACGGUUCCUUCUUU